AUGAAGCUCCCUAUUUUCAUAGCAGAUGCUUUCACAGCAAAAGCAUUUCGUGGGAAUCCUGCUGCUGUUUGCCUCCUAGAAGGUAAACUGGAUGAAGACAUGCAUCAAAAAAUUGCAAGGGAAAUGAACCUCUCAGAAACAGCUUUUAUCCGAAAAUUGAACCCAACUGACAGCUUUACACAAAGUUCCUGUUUUGGAUUAAGGUGGUUCACGCCUGCCAGUGAGGUCCCUCUCUGUGGUCACGCUACCCUGGCUUCCGCAGCGGUGCUGUUUCAUAAAAUAAAGAAUGUGAAUAGCACUUUAACCUUUGUCACUCUGAGUGGGGAACUAAAGGCCAGAAGAGCAGAGGAUGGAAUUAUCCUGGACUUGCCUCUUUACCCAGCUCACCCCCAGGACUUCCAUGAAGUAGAAGACUUGAUCAAGAUUGCCAUCGGUGACACUCAGGUCCAGGACAUCUGCUAUUCCCCAGAUACCCGGAAGCUCCUUGUACGGCUCAGUGAUACUUACGACAGGGCAUUUCUGGAGGAGCUGAAAGUGAACACACAGAGUCUGCUGCAAGCUGAAAACACCGGGAAGGUGAAAGGACUCAUUCUCACCCUAAGAGGAGAGCCUGGUGGGCAGACCCAAGCGUUUGACUUUUACUCCAGAUAUUUUGCACCAUGGGUUGGUGUGGCUGAAGACCCUGUCACAGGGUCGGCACAUACGGUUCUCAGUAGCUACUGGUCCCAGAAGCUUGGGAAGAAAGAAAUGCGUGCCUUUCAGUGUUCUCCCAGAGGCGGUGAACUGGUGAUUUCCGUGCGUGCUGACGGACGAGUUGACAUUAAGGGAGGUGCUGCUAUUGUUUUAGAGGGCACGCUGACAGCCUGA